GUCAUGUGAGGGAACAUGUCCCGCCCACAGAGCGAGAGCCGCACGCUGAUUGGCUGCUGUGGUUGUCAGUGUCCGUGGUGUUUAAAAGCAGGCUGUGCGGCAGCGCUGGUGUUUGAGCGGCUGCUGAGGAGGAGCGCGGGGGGAGUUUACACCGCGCCACGGGAGCACUGCUGCUGCUUUUCAGCCACUGACAGUCCGCCCGGGCUUUCCCUGAGGGACACUUCCGCUGUAUUCCUGCAUUUCCGUAAGCGCUCUGUCGUGGACCCGACCCCUCACUCUGAGCGAGCGCAGUGUUUCCGACUGCACCAUGGAGGAGAAUCUGCUGAGGGAAAUCUCUCUCUCUCUGUGUCUGUGUUGAUAGUGAAGAUGGUGAUGAUGAAGGUGUUGGCUGUGCUCAUGGUGACGGCGUCAUUUGCUCUCGGUUUUCCAACACAGGAGACGAGAAAGGGAAAGAACUGGGUCGUCCUCGUAGCCGGAUCAAACGGCUGGUACAACUAUAGACACCAGGCCGACGUGUGUCAUGCAUAUCAGAUUGUCCAUCAGAACGGGAUUCCCGAUGAGCAGAUCGUGGUGAUGAUGUAUGAUGAUCUGGCAAACAGUCCGAAUAACCCGACUCCAGGAGUGAUCAUCAACAGGCCCAAUGGUUCAGAUGUUUAUAAAGGAGUGCUGAAAGAUUACGUUGGUGAAGCUGUGACCCCUGAGAACUUCCUGGCCGUGCUGAAGGGGGAUGCGAGCAGUGUGAAGGGAGGAUCAGGAAAAGUGCUGAAGAGUGGACCAGAUGAUCACGUGUUUGUUUAUUUCACUGAUCACGGCGCGCCCGGCCUCUUGGCCUUCCCCGACAGUGAGCUCUAUGUGAACGAUCUCAUGGACACGAUCCAGUACAUGCACAAAAACAAAAAGUAUAAGAAGAUGGUGUUUUACAUCGAGGCGUGUGAGUCCGGCUCCAUGAUGAAGCCCCUGCCGGUUGACAUUGACAUUUAUGCCACCACGGCGGCGAACCCUCACGAGUCAUCCUAUGCCUGUUACUAUGACGAAGACAGAGACACGUAUCUGGGAGACGUGUACAGUGUUAAGUGGAUGGAAGAUUCAGAUGUGGAGGAUCUGACGAAAGAGACACUUGCUAAGCAGUUUAAGAUCGUCAAAAAGGAGACCAACACCAGCCACGUCAUGCAGUACGGAAACAAGACCAUGUCCAGUAUGAAGGUGAUUCAGUUCCAGGGUAACUCACUGGGCGGAGCCAGGCUGGCUGAACCUGUGUCGUUGCCCCCGGUUACACAGCGUGACAUCACACCCAGCCCUGAUGUGUACCUGUCCAUCCUGAAGAGGAAGUUGAUGAAGAGUAAUGACAUUGCCGUUGCCAGGGGUUACCUGAUGGAGAUCAGAGCCCACAUGAAGGUGCGUGAGCUGCUGGCAAACACAGUGCAUAAGCUGGUGGAGCAGGUGGUGACGACACACCAGGAGGUUCAGCAGGUGGUGGAGGAGCAUCAGGAGCUCACACAGUACGAGUGUUACAGAGCCGCGGUCACACACUUCAAAACACACUGCUUCAACUGGCACGAUCAGCAGUAUGAGUACGCUCUCAGACACCUGUAUGUGUUGGUGAAUCUGUGUGAGAGAGGACACCAGGCUCAGAGGAUCAAGGCAGCCAUGGAUGAUGUGUGCUACUUCCGGCAGUAAACACGCACACGGGUGUGAUGGAGGAUAACGGUGUCUCAGCUGAUCCUGCUUUUUGCACAGAUCACAUCUGAGAGUGAUUUUAUAAAUAUUUUUAAUCAUCACUGAAAUCACACUUGUUUUCAUUCCAUUGUUUUAGCCAAAAACAAUGUGUUGUGUUGCACUGUUUUAACAAAAAAAAAAGUGUGGGAUUUUUUGAAUGUUUGAAUGUAAAUUGUGGAAUUGUUUUGAGGGGGAAAAAUCAUUAAAGAGGGUUUCAUGCUGGGAAACUCUGCUGCUGCUGAAACACUCAAAUCACAAAUGAAACACCCAGAGCGAGAGAGAGAGAGGAUUUGCGGGCUACACUGACCCCUAGUGGCCGAAACAUUCAUCGCGCUUUCAACUCCUCGCUGUUGUGAAAGUUUUCUCAGAGUUUCUGAUUCUGUUUUUCUGACUUUACUGAGUGGCCUUGUUUAGAUCGUGAGUCCUGUGUGUUUGUGCUGUGAUGUGUUAAAUCUGUUAUCUCUGCACUCUGAAUAUCACCCCACACUGAUCGAAAGCUCAUUAAUGUCCAUUUAAUCUUCAGGUUGAAGGGAUGUGUGGAGCUGCAGGGAUUAAACUGGGAGAAUUAGGGAUGAUUAAUUCACUGAAAUUCAGAACGCAAAGCAGUUUGAAGUCCUGAUUCCUGAAAUAAAUCUGAAUAUGGAUCAGAA